AUGGCGGACGCGUCGAAGACAUUCCCUUCACUGCUUCUACAGGAAGACAGUGUCCUGAGGGCAUUUGGAUCUCGGUUGGUGUCUAAGGUGGAUCUGAGAGUCUUCUUCCUCCUGUCAUCUGCUGCUGCGCUUUCAGUCCGCGCUCUACGCGCGCCAAAUGUGUGUGCUGAGCAGGAGGUGAAGCUUGUGGCCCAGAUGCAGCCGUGCGUCCAGGCCUUCACGCGGAUGGUUAAAUCCUGGAAACAGGGAUGCCAGGGACAGUCGUGGUGCAUGGGCUACGAGAGGAGAAUGGCUUACUAUACUGCAUACAGACAGGUGUAUCGACAGGAGCACCAGACGGUUUACAAGUGUUGCCCAGGAUGGUCACAGCUCAACGGGGAGGCCGGAUGCCUAUAUCCUGUGUGCAGUUACGGCGUGUGCUUUAAUGGAGGUCAGUGCAGAGAAGGUUCUGCUCAACUCUGCCACUGUCCGGCCAGAUUCAGCGGUCCAAGCUGCCAGUACGAUAUUGAUGAAUGCCAGGUGCAUAACGGUGGCUGCCAGCACAAGUGUGUGAACACCAGGGGUUCGUAUCACUGCCAGUGUAACGCUGGAUCUCGACUGCACGUGGACGGACGCACAUGCAUCGCCAUCCACUCCUGUAGCGUUGGGAACGGUGGCUGCGAGCAUUUCUGCGUCCAGCAGACGGCGGGUCAUUUCCAGUGCCGCUGCCGACCCGGUUACAGACUCGAAGUGGACGGAAAACAUUGCAAAUCGGAGAAUCCGUGUGUGCAGCGAAACGGCGGUUGUUCUCAGGAAUGCCGCAGGGAUGGAGAUCAGGCCCGCUGUGGAUGUCAUCCAGGUUAUCAACUGGCUGAAGAUGGCAAGACCUGUGAAGACAUUGACGAGUGUCAGAUGGGCCAGGCGGACUGCGCUCACGGUUGUCGUAACACCAGGGGAUCUUUCAUGUGUGUUUGUCCCACUGCCUAUGAGCUGGGUGUUGAUGGCAAGCAGUGCUAUCGUAUCGAGAUGGAGAUUGUAAACAGCUGUGAUCAUAAUAACGGUGGUUGUUCUUAUCACUGCGAACAUUCAACCACUGGACCUGUGUGCAGCUGUAACCAAGGAUACCAGCUGGACGUCGACCACAAGAGCUGCAUCGAUAUAAACGAGUGUAUAGACGGCAGCUCGUGUUGUGAGCACGACUGCACAAACUAUCCUGGAGGUUACGAGUGUUACUGUACAGCUGGAUAUAGACUGAACGCUGAUGGAUGCAGCUGUGAUGAUAUAGACGAGUGUUUGGCUGCAAACGGAGGAUGUGAUCACACGUGUCAGAACAGCGCCGGCUCCUUCCAGUGCUCCUGUAGACGCGGCUAUCGUCUCGAUGAGGACAGACACUCAUGUAUAUUGCUGAAGGAGUCGGUGGAGGCGUUGAGCAGUGGUCAGGUGGUGGACAGACCCCGACCUCAGCUCACUAUUCUGCAGGACUAUGAGAAAAUCCUGGAGCGAUACGACGACUAUGAGGAUGACACGGGAGAACUGCAUGCUGAGAGCACCUUAACUGAGAAAUUCAUAUGUUUGAACGAUUCGUUCGGCUUCGACUGCAGUCUGUCGUGUGAGGACUGUGCUAAUGGAGGAGUGUGUAACAAACACAGAAACGGCUGUGACUGUCCUGACGGAUGGACGGGAAUCCUGUGUAAUGAGACGUGUUCAGAGGGCUGGUUCGGCAGGAAUUGCUCGUUGAGAUGUAAGUGUAAGAACGGCGGCGUGUGUGAUCCGCUCACCGGGAGCUGCCGCUGUCCACCAGGGGUCAGUGGAGAGCUGUGUCAGGACGGUUGUCCCAAGGGUCUCUAUGGGAAGUUCUGUAAUAAGAAGUGUAAUUGUGCUAAUAACGGACGGUGUCAUCGCACUUAUGGGGCGUGUCUGUGUGACCCGGGACUGUAUGGAAGGUUCUGCCACCUACCAUGUCCCAAGUGGACGUUUGGACCAGGCUGUUCCGAGGAGUGUCAGUGUGUUCAGCAGAAUACCGUAGAGUGUCACCGUCAUCAGGGCACCUGCGUCUGCAAGCCUGGUUAUCGGGGCGACACCUGCAAAGACGAGUGUGAAUCAGGCUUCUUUGGCUCUGGUUGUGAUAAUAAAUGCUCCUGUGCGGCUGGAGUGAUCUGUGAUCAUGUGACCGGAGCGUGUCAACCGCAGUGUCCAGCUGGAAAGACAGGAGACAAGUGUGACCAAGAUUGCGUUGAUGGGAGAUUUGGGAUUGGCUGCUCUCAGUCAUGUGACUGCUCGGGGGCACCAUGUGACAGGAUCACUGGCCAAUGCUUGUGUCCCGCUGGAACGUUUGGAAAACAUUGUGAAAAAGAGUGUGCAGAGGGUCGCUGGGGUGUUGGAUGUCAGGAAUCGUGUCCGGCGUGUGAGAACGGAGGCCGCUGUGACCGGCAUGACGGCACAUGUGUCUGCGCUCCUGGAUUCAUCGGCAGAUUGUGCCAGAACAAAUGCCCUGCUGGUUCGUUCGGCCCGGGCUGCAAGCACCGCUGCCAGUGUGAAAACCAGGCAUCAUGUGACCAUGUGGGCGGAGCUUGCACCUGUAAGAUUGGCUGGACUGGAUCGUUCUGUGAAAAACCCUGUCCGCAGGGUUUCUAUGGCCUGGACUGUCAGCAGAGGUGUGUGUGUAUGAACGGGGGGCUCUGCGAUCAUGACAGUGGUGAAUGUGCCUGUCUGCCCGGCUGGAUCGGCCCACAUUGUAACCAAACGUGUCCUGCUGGCCUGUACGGAGUGAGCUGUUCUCAGACGUGUGUUUGUCACAAUAACAGCAGCUGUGACGCUGUAAACGGUCAGUGUGAGUGCAGCGCAGGGUGGACGGGAGACACCUGCUCACAACGUUGUUCUCCAGGUUUCUUCGGGACGGACUGUGCUCAGAGAUGUCUGUGUCAGAGCGGGGGUUCCUCCUGUGACCCUGAGAGCGGCCGCUGCUUCUGUCCCAGCGGAUGGACGGGUUCAGCUUGUGAACUGGAAUGUCCAGCGGGUCGGUUCGGGUCAGACUGUCUGGACAGAUGUGAUUGUCUGAACGGUGCUCAGUGUGACCGACAGACGGGUCGGUGUGUUUGUCAGCCGGGCUGGACAGGACAGCGCUGUGAGAACGCGUGUGUAUCCGGGCGGUUUGGAGUCGGCUGUGAGGGCCGGUGUGAGUGUGAUCACGGCGCCCCCUGUCAUCAUGUGAGCGGACAGUGUUUCUGUCCUGCAGGAUGGAGAGGAAGACACUGUGAGAAAGCAUGUCUGCCGGGCUCAUACGGUCAGGACUGUGUCCAGCGCUGCCCCUGCCCGCCGGGUACGUCAUGCCAUCACGUGACGGGACACUGCGGCUGCCCUCCCGGCUACACGGGCAACGGCUGUGAGCAGAUCUGUCUGCCCGGCACCUUCGGCAUCAACUGUAAUCAGCUGUGUCAGUGUUCAGAGAGAAAUCAGCUGUGCCACCCGGUGUCUGGAGUGUGUUACUGCGCGCCUGGAUUCACAGGACCCAAGUGUGAACAGGCGUGUGUCGAGGGUUUCUACGGUCCCGGCUGCGAGCGUCGCUGUCAGUGUGUGAACCGAGGCGUUUGUCUUUCAGGCUCGGGCACCUGUAAGUGUCCGGCCGGAUUCAUCGGGGCUCGCUGUCAUCUCACGUGUCCGGCGGGACUCUACGGGCCGGACUGUGGCCGUGUGGCCGUCUGUGGAAAGGGGGCGAGGAGUGACCCGGUCACCGGCGUGUGUCAGUGUGUGUGUGUGUGUGUAGGCCGCUCUCAGCACUGUGACUGCAGUAACAGAGGCCUGUGUGACGCCGGCUCUGGAAACUGUUCAUGUGGCCUCGGCUGGACCGGCUUGCGCUGUGAGAGAGAGUGUGCUGCGGGUCGCUUCGGUCCUGGCUGUGCUCUGCAGUGUUUGUGUCAGAAUAACAGCACAUGUGACCGAGUGACAGGAAGCUGCCGGUGUCAGCCGGGAUAUUACGGUCAUCUCUGUCAACACGCGUGUCCCGCCGGUUUGUUCGGCUCUGGCUGUCAGCAGUUCUGUGACUGUGUGAACGGGGCUUCAUGUCACCCCAGAACCGGACUGUGUCUCUGUCCCGCUGGAUUUCACGGCUCUCGCUGUGAAAGAGAAUGUGAGCAGGGCACGUUUGGUCUGAAGUGCUCUCGGUCAUGUGACUGUGCGGAGGACACCGCGUGUGACCCGGUGAGCGGCAGCUGUGUCUGUGCCUCAGGAAAGACGGGUGUCCGGUGUGACAGCGACUGCAGUGUGACGCGGUUCGGACCUGACUGUGCGCUCAGCUGUGAGUGUGAGAACGGCGCUCAGUGCGACCGCAGAAACGGACGCUGCCUGUGUCUCAGCGGCUGGAUCGGCCUCACGUGCUCACAACGGGACCCUCCAGAGGUGGACUCCAGACAUCUAGAGGAGAAUCAGUCCCAGCUCGACACCUCAUAACGCUAACAUUCACACUGAGCAGCUGCAGCGGGACACAAACACACAGAUGCACUUUACUCUCCCCGACUGCUCCUCACAGCUCAGACUCGAUCCUUCAUCGCGCUUUCAGGGGAUUUUCAUAUUGUCUGUGUUUCAGUACUGUUGUCAGAUUCACUUUUGACUCAACAAGACAAAAAGUGCCUUUGGAUUUCAUAACACUCUUGUUUACGCCGCUGGAUUGUAGCUAAUACUAAAGGGUUAGUUCACCCAAAAAUUAAAAUUAGGCUGCGUUUUACUCUCCCCCGAU